AAGAACAACUUGAGAGUUUAUUUGUUAUCAUGUCAUCCAUCAACAGAUUAAAAACAAUAAAUCAAAAUAGAAUAAGCAAACAACAUCUCCUGGAGCAGAUAAAUGAAAAGCGUGAAACCAACUGUUUUGUGGAAAGAAGCAAUCAAGUCAGCUUCCUGAGAGUUCAGAAGAGGCACUUCAGUGGUGCCCAUCAGUCAUGUGUUUUCACCCAUUUCAAUGAAGGUAUUUCUGAGAGCAGCAGGAGCUCCUGGGUCCAACCAAGUGUCUUUGUUCACCCAGAGAAAAGGCACUUUGAGCCAAAAAGUAAGAUGUUACAGGAGAAUUCCUACUCUUCAUAGGAAGAAUUCAUAAGAAAAUUUAGGAAAAAAAUUCUGGGGUCAAAAGAGGUUCCUAUAUAUUAUGGUUUGGAUAUACAGUGUC